AUGUCGGACCGUGAAGACGGCGGUGAAGAGACCUUCUACGAGGACGAGGAGCCCGUUUACGAUGGCGACGAUCUUGGAGAGGACCAGUUUGACGAUGGCGCCGAUGCUGCUGCCAACGGUAUCUUUCACUCUUCCGCAGGUGGCGAUCCCUCCACACCCAUGGCUGGUCAGGCCAACCAGGAACGCAUUACCACCCCUUAUAUGACCAAGUACGAGCGUGCUAGGAUUCUUGGUACCCGUGCAUUGCAGAUCUCCAUGAACGCCCCUGUCCUAGUGCCAACCGAAGGCGAGACCGACCCUCUCGAAAUCGCCAUGAAGGAGCUCGCAGCCAAGAAGAUUCCAUUAGUCGUCAGGCGAUAUCUCCCCGAUGGCUCUUACGAGGACUGGACCGUCAGCGAGCUCAUUGCCAGCGAGUGA